ACCUCACAGUUUAAAAACGCCGUUUGACAGUAGCGAGUGUGGUUUAAAAAAAAUCCAAGUUUUGUAUUUUGCAAUUGGAUUGCUGAAAAAACCACAACCAGUUUAUAAUGUGCGAGUGUGUGCCGGCCAUAAGUGAGUUGUCGUUCGGUGUUGUGGUGCCCCACAUUUCUAAAAAUACUUGUUUUUAAACACUCACGUGUGCUAUCUGGUCAGCUUCAGGCCGCACGCGUUCGUGUAAAUUGUUAUUGUUUCGCCGCAAUCCAAAUAUUAUGAAAAUGGACUCCAAAUAUAACAUAACGAACGGUAAAUCGACGAUAACGAAGUUCCAGAUUAAAUCCAAACCCACCCCCAUACUGUUCAACAACAAAAAUGGUCCGUCGUCGCCGAAAAAAAUGAAAAUGAACGGCGACGAAAAGAAGCACGUGCCGUUGAUAACGAUCAAGACGAAAAUUUCUAUUCAGGACCAGAGACGCAUGCUGCCGGUUUUCCAACAUAGGAAUAAACUGUUGGAGUUGAUACGACAUCACAAGACACUGAUAAUAAUUGGGGAAACGGGAUGCGGAAAAACGACGCAGAUACCGCAGUACAUUAACUCGGCGAGGCUGCAGGAGAAUGGGAUGAUUGCCAUCACACAGCCGAGGAGGGUGGCUGCCAUCAGCAUUGCUGGCAGAGUUGCCCAAGAGCAUGGAAAUGGGCAUGUGGUUGGUGAUGUAGUGGGUUACACAGUAAGAUUUGAAGAUGUAACAAGCCCAAAGACUAAAAUAAAAUAUAUGACUGAUGGUAUGUUAUUAAGAGAAGCAAUGUUUGACAAAUUAUUAAUGAACUAUACAAUAAUCAUAUUGGACGAGGCUCACGAAAGAACGAUACACACUGACGUUCUUUUUGGCAUUGUUAAGAAGGCUCAAAAAAUCAGGGAAGAGAAAAAAGUCGCACCACUGAAAAUACUCAUCAUGUCAGCCACAAUGGACGUGGAUCAUUUUUCGAAAUAUUUCAAUGACUGCCAAGCCGUCUAUCUAGAGGGCAGAACUUUUCCUGUAAAUAUUUUUUACGCCGUCACACCUCACGAUGAUUAUCAGACGGCCUGUGUGGCCACUUUUUUCAAAAUACACAAGGAGGCUCCACCAAACCAUGACGUACUUAUAUUUUUGACUGGACAGGAAGAAAUAGAGGCGGUAGCGUUACAAAUUAAAACGCUAGCCAAGGAACCGGAUGUUCCAGGCCCCCCUGUUAGGGUUUUUACGUUAUAUGCGGCGCAGCCCAGCACCCAACAAAUGACGGUGUUCUCCCCCGCUCCUACUGGUACAAGGAAGGUUAUAGUUAGUACCAAUAUUGCAGAAACUAGUGUAACCAUAAGUGGCAUCAAAUACGUCAUAGACAGUGGUAUGGUUAAAGCAAGGUCGUUCCAUCCAUCAACUGGAUUGGAGCUGCUAAAAGUCCAACGCAUAUCGCAAGAGCAAUCGUGGCAGAGAGCCGGAAGAGCCGGCCGAGAGUCCGAAGGAUCCUGCUACCGUAUAUACACGAGGUCCCAGUUCGAACUGAUGAACAAGACCACGGUGCCCGAAAUCCAGCGUUCCAAUCUGAACAGCGUGGCCAUCCAAUUGCUCGCGAUGGGAGUGCACUCGUUGCACUUCGAUUUCAUGGAUAAGCCACCGCACGACGCCAUCGUGGCCGCCUUCGAGCAGCUGAAAAUGCUCGGCGCCGUCGAGAACGUUCACUCCCAACAGCUGACGGCGCUGGGCAAGAGAAUGGCCAAAUUCCCGCUAGAUCCGCGGUUCAGCAAGCUGCUGCUGUCGGCACAGCAGUUCGGCUGUCUGGAGGAAGCCCUUACUGUGAUCGCUUUACUGAGCGCCGAAAGUAUACUGAUCACGCCGCCGAGCAAAAGAGAGCUGGCUCAAAAAGUAAGGCAAAAAUUUUGUAGUGGUUACGGCGAUCAUAUUACACUUUUAAAUAUAUACAGGGAGUUUAGCAAUGUGGGACAGAGUAACAAGCGCAAUUGGUGUCACGAACACUAUAUUAACUUAAGAAAUAUGUUACACGCACGAGAGAUUCGCAAUCAGCUGGAGGAGAUUUGUCGGAAUUUGGACAUACCGAACUCCUCGUGCGGUAGCAACAUGGACCAACUCAGAAAGUGUAUGAUCGUCGGGCUGUUUAUGAACGUGGCGGAAUUGCACAGGGACAGGCAGUACAUCACUUUGGACAAGAAACAAACGGUGAUGAUCCACCCCAGCUCCACGCUGCACGGCCAGCAGCCGCAUUUAAUACUUUUCACCGAGGUCGUUCAAACCACGAAGUGCUAUCUCAGGGGGCUCACGACAAUCGAGGCCGAGUGGCUAUCGGAAAUUGCGCCCGAUUACGUGAGGACGCACAACCUUAAGUUUAUGAACGACAAUUGAAUUCUCAGGUCACUGACGUACGUUGCACCGAUUGUAAAUUUUAUAAGAGCGUUUAUUUUUGUAAAUUUGUUCCGAAAGCCGUGUUUAUUUUAAGUGCCAAACUUGAGGAAUAUUAUAUAUUUUUUAUUUAA